CAUCAGCAGAUCGCGGGGGGAGCUUGGAAAAACACACUUUGGAGCUUGGGAGCUUGGGCACGCGGAUACCCACCUGGCCGCCACCCGCACUCUUGUUUCUUCCUCCUCUCUUCCCUCCUCCUACCUCCUCUGUCUAUAUAGCUUGCUGUCAUUUCCGCUGUUUUGUACAUUGUCCUGUCUCUUCCAUUCCCUCUGCAAUUGGCUUGCGACCGUUGCUUGUGUUGGCCCCCAAGUCCGCACUCCUGAGAGCUCCAUAAAGCUUCCCUCGAAGCUCUCCACAGGCCAUCAUGGCUCGCUUUUCAUUUUUAAAGACGACGUCAGUACUCUCGUCCUUUCUGGCCUUGACCAGCGGACAGAGCUCGUCUGCGACUGUCGGCUCAGUUAGCAGCUCAGCCACUUCGUAUCGCCCCAUCUUCACCAUCCCCGCAUCCGCAGACCGAGGGAAGGACGUCCUUCCCAAUGUUAACGACCCUGAGGCCGUGAACGCCCAGAAUGUCUGCCCGGGUUACAAGGCUUCUGAUGUGAAGGAAGACAAGCGCGGCUUGACCGCCGUCUUGACGCUCGCUGGAGCCCCGUGCAAUGCAUAUGGCACAGAUAUCGAGGUUUUGAAACUUCGGGUUGAAUUGCAAUCGAAGAGCCGUUUGGCCAUUAAUAUAAGCCCUGCAUAUAUUGAUUCUUCGAAUUCAUCCCACUACAUAUUACCAGAAGAGCUGGUUCCUAGGCCACAAGCUGAGGACGACUACGCAGAUCUUGAUCUCGAAUUCAAUUGGGACGAUGAACCUUCGUUCUGGUUCAGCGUCACAAGGCAUUCGACCGGAGAUGUCAUCUUCUCUACUGAAGGCAAGAAGCUUGUCUACGAGAACCAAUUUAUCGAGUUCGCGUCAUCGCUUCCUGAAGACUACAACCUCUCCGGUCUCGGCGAACGAAUCCAUUCCUUGAAGUUGAACAACGAGCUUACUGCCACCAUCUACGCUGCAGACGUAGGUGACCCGAUCGACAGGAAUAUCUACGGAAGCCAUCCGUAUUACAUGGAGACGAGAUACUUUGAGACAGAUGAUCUGAACAGAAGGACUCUGAUCACAAACACAAAAGAUACUCCCUACAUCUGGCACCAGGGCGGGGAAUAUGGAAAGCGCUCCGAAAGCGGUCAGAAGGGUUCGACCUACGAGUCGUUCUCUCACGGAGUCUAUCUUCGAAACGCACAUGGUCAGGAGAUCAAGCUGCAACCAGACAGCAUUACGUGGAGACUCCUUGGAGGAAGCAUUGACUUGUUUUUCUUCGAUGGUCCGACACCUGCUGAGGUGACGAAACAGUACCAGUUGGCAGCUGUUGGUCUACCCGCAAUGCAGUCGUACUGGCCACUUGGUUUCCAUCAAUGUCGAUGGGGUUACCGCAACUGGGAGGAGAUCAGAGAUAUCGUCGACACGUUCAAGGCCUUCAACAUCCCUCUUGAGACCAUCUGGCUCGAUAUCGACUACAUGAACCAGUACCGAGACUUCACCAACGACCCCGUCAGCUUCCCCUUGUCUGUUGCUAAAGAAUUCUUUAAGAAGCUCCAUGCCGAUGGUCAGCACUUCAUGCCUAUUGUUGAUGGUGCAAUCUACAUUCCCAACCCACAGAACAGCAGUGAUGCCUACGCGACCUACAACCGUGGCAACGAGUCUGGUGUUUUCCUCAACAAUCCAGAUGGCAGUCAAUACAUCGGCGCAGUCUGGCCAGGGUACACCGUUUUCCCAGACUGGUUGGCUGAGGGCGCAAAGGAUUGGUGGAUUAAGGAGAUGGUUGAAUGGUAUAAGGACAUCCCAUACGACGGCUUCUGGCUAGAUAUGCAAGAAGUCUCGUCUUUCUGCGUCGGAUCAUGCGGUACCGGAAACGUCACCCUCAACCCAGUCCACCCUCCCUUCGCGCUUCCUGGCGAGUAUGGCAACAUCAUCUAUCAAUAUCCCGAAGGCUUCAACGUUACCAACGCCACCGAAGCUGCUUCCGCAUCGGCAGCAUCUUUAAUCCAGGCCGCCCAAACCUCCUCAGCAACAACAACACCAGUAUAUGCCCGAAGCACUCCUACACCUGGUGUCAGGAACAUCAACCAUCCACCUUAUGUCAUUAAUCACGUUCAGGGUGACCUAGCUGUGCAUGCAGUUUCGCCAAACGCAACUCAUCACAAUGGUGUUCAAGAAUACGAUGUCCACAAUCUCUGGGGCCACCAAAUCAUUCAAGCUACAUAUGAUGGACUCCUUGAAGUAUUCCCCGGCAAGCGACCUUUCAUCAUCGGUCGAUCUACUUUUGCCGGUUCUGGCAAGUACGCUGGUCAUUGGGGCGGUGACAACUCUGCCUCCUGGUACCACAUGUAUUUCUCCAUUCCUCAAGCAUUGUCGUUCUCGCUCUUUGGUAUCCCCAUGUUCGGUGCCGACACCUGUGGUUUCAACGGAAAUACCGACGCAGAGCUGUGCGGCCGUUGGAUGCAGCUGAGCGCCUUCUUCCCAUUCUACCGCAACCACAACACUCUUUCCGCUCUCUCACAGGAACCAUUCCGCUGGGAGUCUGUCGCUUCGGCUUCUCGCACCGCGAUCAACAUCCGAUACACUCUCCUGCCCUACCUUUACACCCUUUUCUACCAAGCCCACACCACCGGCUCGACCGUCAUGCGCGCCCUCGCAUGGGAAUUCCCCAACGAGCCUCAGCUUGCCGGCGUGGACAGCCAAUUCCUCCUCGGUGGUUCCAUCCUCGUUACCCCAGUUCUCGAGCCUCUCGUCGACACCGUCAAGGGCGUCUUCCCAGGCCUUAUUGAUGGCGAGGUCUGGUACGACUGGUACACGCAGACCAAGGUUGAGGCCAAGCCUGGCGAGAACGUCACCAUUCCCGCUCCUCUCGGUCACAUUCCCGUCUACAUUCGCGGAGGCAGCGUUCUCCCAACCCAGGAGCCCGGAUAUACCACCGCCGAAUCCCGUAAGAACCCCUGGGGUCUCCUCGUCGCGCUCUCGGAAGAUGGCGACGCUUCUGGCUUCUUGUAUGUCGAUGAUGGCGAGUCCGUUAACCCCGAGGCAACUCUCGAGAUUACCUUCACCGCUGAUAAGGGCAAAUUGAACGCCGCUAUCAAGGGCGAAUACAAGGACACGAAUGCCUUGGGUAACGUCACUAUCUUGGGUGUGGACAGCAUUGGAAAGGUCAAACUCAAUGAUGCCACGUUGGACGAGAAGCUUGUGUCGUACGAUAAAGAGGCAAGGUUAUUGAAGUUGACAGGCCUGAACGAGGCGACAAAGGGCGGAGCCUGGAGUGGCGAUUGGACGCUCAGCUGGGAGUAAGCCAUCCACGAUUUCAUGAUGCAUAUGAGCUUUUAGCGAAGAAAUGAUGGGUGUACAUGUUUUCCAUCUAAGGCCACUUGAUUGGCGAUGUUGGAUAUGAUACAUCUUGCAUAUACAUGAAGCAUUUACAUUUACAUAUGAAACGAUC